AUGAGGUUCUACGAUACUAUUUUUAUCUUCUCUUUUUUGGCAUCGCUAUACCAACAUGUUGAUGCAGCAAGACAAGUUGUUCGGCCAAAGCAGAAAAUGACUACUUCAGAGAAAGUUCAACCUUGGAGGCGUACAAUUUAUGAAACUAUACCUGAAAUAGUAACACCAACGGUUAUUGCAGGUGUUACUUUUUCGGCUAAGCCAGAAGCGACACCAAAUCCGUUGAGGCCUUGGGUAUCUCUACAGCAUGAUGGUAGGCCAAAGACUAUUAAGCCAGAAAUCAAGAAAGGUUUAACCGUGAAGGGAAGACCCGAUUAUUCAACCUACUUUAAGACUGCGACUCACCGCACAUAUUCUUAUGACGAGUUAAAAGCCCACAAUAUGGACCCAAACGAAGAAUUUGAAGAAACAGAGUACAUUGAAGAAGAUGAUACGUAUGUCUCCUUAAAUCCUAUUAUUAGAUGUACUCCAGAUCGCUACUUCAAUAAAGGUCUGGCAAAGGAUAUUCACAGUGAACCAUUUUGCACACCAUACGAAAACUCUAGAUGGAAAGUUGAAAAUACUUAUUUCGUUACUUGGUAUACUAGAUUUUUUGAAGAUGAGAAUUCUGGUAAAGUAACCGAUCAAGUUCGUGUGCAUUUGUCCUAUGUCAAAGAAAACCCUGUCGAGAAGGGUAAUUAUAAGAGAGAUAUUCCUGCAACUUUUUUCUCAUCUGAGUGGAUUGAUAAUGUCAAUGGUCUAUUUGCCGUUGAAGUCAGGGAGGAAUGGUUGCAAAAAAAGUAUGAGCGCAGGAUAGUUGUAUCUGUUCAGCCAAAAAAUAUACCAGAUGAAGAGUUUGAUCCACUACAUAAUGGUGUUUUAUUGUAUAUUACCGCGGGUUCCAAAGUUUUUAAGCCUACAAAGGAGCAAUUAGCUUUAGAUGAUGCGGGUAUAACAAAUGACCAGUGGUAUUAUGUCGCACUCUCCAUUCCUACAGUCGUGGUAGUGUUUUUUGUCUUUAUGUAUUUUUUCUUAUAUGUUAAUGGAAAGAACAGGGAUUUCACUGAUGUUACCAGAAAAGCUCUCAACAAAAAACGCCGUGUUCUAGGUAAAUUCUCUGAAAUGAAGAAAUUCAAAAACAUGAAAAACCACAAGUACACGGAACUACCAUCUUAUAAAAAAACCAGCAAACAGAAUUAG